AUUGGAGCAGCUGAUCAGUUGAUCAUGGUACUGUUGGUGCUGAUGACUGGGAUUCUUUGAGGAUUCGAAUAUAUGAAAAAUGUAUCAAAGUGGUUAAAGACUCAAGAUGGAGGUGAGCGUCAUGGAUAGAUCGGAGGUUUCCGGUCAAGGAAAUUAUCUUUCAAGUCUUCUGAAGAAGGUGGAUUGGACGGCAGAGUACGUUGUAGCCGAAGGUUCUCUAUGGGUGGAUGGUAUGGAGUCUGGACAUCGAUCAAACCAUUCGAUAGGACUGUGA